AUGCAUCAUAGGGAGAACAAAAGAGCCAUAACUAGAAGGAAGUAUCAUGACAGUGUAGAACACAGACAGCAAGUCAUUGCCCGUGUAGAGUUGAGUAGGAAGCAGAUAAAGGACAAGUCUGUUGAUUUUGGUUUUGUUAUGGAUCAUUUUGUAGAGAAGGUUAAAGACGGUCCAGACUUUGUUUGUUGCGUUUGCCAUCGGUUGCUGUUCAGGCAUCAGGUGCUGAGUUGUCAGAGGGAAGCUUAUAGUUCCAGGUCAGAAUCGGCUCGUGUAGCGAACAGGUGCAUCAGUGAAAAUUAUUUGCAUCGUUGUAGUGAGGAGUGUGCUGAGCCCUGUCAGCUGGUUCCUUCCAGAGGACACCUUUGGAUUUGCUACACCUGCCAUUCUAAGAUCAGUAAAGGUGAGACUCCAGCUGAGUGCUGGAUCAAUGACCUGCAGCUUGAUCCCAUUCCACCUGAACUGGGAUGCUUGCAUAGUUUAGAGCAGCACCUGAUCGCGUUGCAUAUUCCGUUCAUGAAGAUGUUGGCACUGCCUAAAGGAGGGCAGAAUGGAGUACAUGGACCGGUCACCUGUGUUCCAGCCAACAUUGUUCAGACCACCAAUGUGUUGCCGCGGUCAAGUAUGGAAGGCUCUCUCUUACAGGUCAAGCUGAAGAGGAAGUUGACCUACAAGGGACACUAUGAGUACCAGUUUGUGGAUACUCUACGUGUCAGGCAGGCGUUAGACUAUUUAAAGAGAACUAAUGUUUAUUAUAAAGACAUUGAGUUCAAUGAGGACUGGGUCAAUGAGUUUAACAGGCAGGAAGAUGAGGAACAGGAAGAGGAUGAGUCAGGCAGUGAGGAUGAGGCAGUGAAGGAGAAGGUUGAUGAUCAGGUUGUUGUAGAGGGCGAGGCUGCUCAUCAGGAACAUGGUGAGGUUCAGAAAAGGCCUGCAGUUGUUCAUGUUGUUGAGGAGGAAUCAGCAGACAUAAUUCAAGAUGAAAUGUUACAUGACAGACAGCAACACUGCAUGUUUCAGGACACUUGUCUUAUGCCUGUUGAUAUUGGUCAGGAGGCUCUAGACCAGUAUUUUGAGGACAUAGUCAAUGUAGCGCCUGCAGAGGGGAACAGUCCAGUCCGGAUGCUUUCUGAUAAUUCAAACGAAGCUAAGUGUUUCCCCGUGUUGUUUCCUUUAGGACAGAAGACCUUCCAUCAUGAGCGGAAUCAUGCUUUGACAUUGUCACGUUAUUUUAAUAACCGGAUCAUGCACGCCGAUGGCCGUUUUUCGCAGAAUGUUGAAUAUAUCUUUUUUGCUCAGUUCAUGUCUGAGAUGGACAGGGUGGUGUCUAGUGUUUCUGUUGCACUGCGUAAGGGAAAAGGUGAUCAGGGCUCUGCACAGAUUAGCCAGAGUAUGUUGCAGGACGAGGAGUCUCUGAAGCAGCUGCUACAGUUUGACGAGGGUUUCCGAUUCCUGAAGCCUAUUAGAGGGACUCCUGCGUUCUGGCAGUCUGUGCAGAAGGACAUCUUUGCCUGUGUCCGUCAGUUAGGCAUCCCUACGUGGUUCUGUUCGUUCUCGUCUGCAGAUCUGCGCUGGCAGAACCUUCUGACCAGCAUCCUGAAACAGGAAGGCAGAGUGCAGACGGUGGAGGAUUUGGAGUGGGCAGACAGGUGUGAGUUGUUGCGGCGUAAUCCAGUGACUGCGGCCAGGAUGUUUGAUUACAGGUGGCAUUGUUUUCUGAAAGAGGUUCUCAUGUCUCCUUCUGAGCCAAUUGGCAGAAUCAUCGAUCACUUCUACCGUGUUGAGUUUCAGCAGCGCGGUUCUCCUCAUGUUCACUGCUUGUUCUGGAUCGAGGGCGCUCCUAAAAUUGACCAGAACACAGAUGAGGAGGUGGUCGACUUUAUUGAUCAGUUUGUGACGUGCGAGCUGCCCUCAGACGACGAUACAUUAUUGGACAUUGUGUCGUCAGUUCAAACACAUUCCAAACGACACUCAAAGUCUUGUCGGAAGAACAAGACGACGUGUCGUUUCCAUUUUCCAAAACCUGCUACUACGCGUACAUUCCUUUGUAAGAUGAAGGAAUGUCGCUGUGACAAACAGAAGCUGAAGGAGGCCCAGAAGAAUCUUGAUUCAGAGAACAAGCUGGUCUGUAAGUGCUUUGAGAAGGAUAACCCGAUGAAGAAGGAGGUCGCAAAGGAGAUUUUGGCAUCUGUGAGCAAAGCUAUCAGGGAGGAGGAGCCAUUUGAUAGUGUAGAGGAGUUGUUUGCCAGUCGACACAUCAACCAGGAUAUCUUUGAAACGGCCUACAGGAGGUUGGAGAAGAAGACCAAGGUUGUUUAUAGGAGAGGCUUGAAGGAGGUGUGGGUAAACCAGUAUAGCAAGAAGUUGUUGAAGUGCUGGAACGCUAACAUGGACCUUAGCUUUGUCACCGACGCCUACGCCGUAAUUGUUUACAUCAUUUCAUAUAUUACGAAAGCAGAGAGAGAAAUUGGCCUACUAUUGAACAACGCCCAAAAAGAAGCAUCCAAAGAAGGAAACCUCUCUGCUCGAGAAGCCCUGAAGAAGCUGGGCAGUGUAUAUUUACACAACAGGGACGUUUGUGCCCAGGAGGCGGUGUAUAGGCUAACCAACAUGCACCUGAAGGAGUGUUCCAGGAAGGUGGUGUUUGUUCCAACAGGGGACAACAUCGUGAGGAUGAGUUUACCCCUCCAUGUCCUGAAGGAGAGGGCGUCAUCACAUGAUCUGAGCUCAGAUGACAUGUGGAUGACGAGCAUAGUGGACAGGUACAGGAACAGGCCUGAUGGUGGUGUGUUUGACAACAUGUGUAUUGCCACGUUUGCCUCGGAGUAUCGUGUUCUCACCAGGAAUGAAAUUUCACCAAACAGAAUCGAGUUGAAGAACAAACUGGGCUUCAUCUUGAGGAGAACACGAUCUCAGUUUGCAGUUGUCCGCUACAUGCGCUUCAAUUUGGACAAACAACGGGAGGCUUAUUUUCAGGGUGUGCUGCAGUUGUUCCUUCCUUAUAGAAGUGACUCAGAGCUGAAGCCCGAGGGCUUCCAGCUCUUUGAACAGUUCUAUAACGACGGUGAGGUGACGUUUGGCGACGGCUCCGUUCAUAGAGUCAAGGUGGUGGUGGAUGAGAACAGGGCCCAGUUUGAGAUCGAUCCUGAGAACCUGGAGCGUGCUGAGGAGAUCGCACACCAUGUCCACGGCCUUGAGGAAGACGCUUGGGGGGACCUGUGUCCUGAACAGGAGCUGGAACGCGACGAGUGUGCUGAAGAGUUGAGAGAGCAACAGGCAACAGAGAUAGCAGGUGAGCAGUUGGUGGAGGGUCUGGAGAACGUUCCAGAUCUGCAGGAACGUGGCCGACAGGUGGCCCAGUUAGAGAGAAACAGGCUGGUGUUGUCUCGUGCUGAGGGCUUAGCUCUAGUUCGGUCUCUGAAUGAGACACAGCAGGCUGUUUUUUACCAGGUGAGACAGUGGUGUCUGCAGAAGGUGAGGGGUGAAAACCCACCGCCUCUGCAUGUCUUUCUGACGGGCGGGGCGGGGUCGGGGAAAACGCAUUUAAUCAGGGCCAUCCAGUACGAGGCAGGGAGGCUGCUGUCAACACUUUGUGAUCAACCAGACGAGAUCUGUGUUUUGUUAACAGCUCCAACAGGAAUAGCUGCGUACAAUUUAAACGCAGCAACAAUUCACCACACAUUGAGCAUCGGCAAACAGUGUAGUUUACCUUACAUCCCUCUGGGUGAAGAUAAACUAAACUCUCUGCGAGCUAAAUUCCGUCACCUCCAAAUUCUAGUGAUUGAUGAGAUCAGUAUGGUGGAUCACCUUCUGUUGGCAUAUGUCCAUGGCCGCUUGAGGCAGAUCAAGCAGACUGGAGACUUUUCCCCGUUUGGUAACGUCAGUGUGAUCGCUGUGGGAGACUUUUAUCAGUUGCCUCCCGUUAAAGGGAAGCCUCUUUACAGCAGUCAGGUGGGUGUGGACCUGUGGUGCCACUUCAGUGUGGUGCAGCUGACCACGGUGGUGAGGCAGAAGGACAGCGUGUUUGCCGAGUUGCUCAACAGGUUGAGAGUGCGUUCCAGAGACACCCCCAUGUUAGAGAGUGACGUCCACAUCCUGAAGAGCUGUGAGACGGGCGAGGAGAGCUCAGCCUUGCACAUUUUCCCCACCAACCGUAAAGUGAAUGAGCACAACUUGAAGCAGCUGUGUCGGACGUGUCCUGAUCCUGUGACCAUUGAAGCUCAGGACUUCAUGAACAACAGGAGCACGGGGAAGCUGGAGUUGAUGGCGGGGCAUCACAGUGCGGCAUGC